AAAAAAAUUGUUUUUUACUGUCUAGCCGCUAGCGUCUUGCGUCUAGCAACCGUCUACUGUUAACGUAGUUUUUUUUAAAAGUAAUUUUCAUAAUACAGUUGACAUUUUGAAUGAUAAAUUUAACCUAGUGUAGUGUUAUUUAUUUUUUUGUUUUUACCAUUUUUGAACAGUUUUUUUUUGUUCUUACUUGAUCAAAAUGGUUAGGAUGUGCUCAAUUCCACUUUGUAAAGGUGUUACAUCAAAACAACAUAAUGUUAAACUACAUAAGUUUGCAGCAUCAGAAAAACUCAGACAUACGUGGCUACAUCGAAUUAAGUCAUACUAUCCUAAUUUUAAAAUUAGUAACAGCAGUUUAGUGUGUAGUAAACAUUUUUCUGAAAUUGAUUUUACUAAGAACGCUAUGUCUGAAACAUUUUCACUUCAUAAAGAUGCAGUACCCUCGUUGUUUGACGUCGAUGAAUGUGUGUUGGUUUUUAAUGAUAGUGAACUUAAUGGUGGUUUUAAUAUUCCUAUUCCAUCUAUUGUUGAAGUUAUGGAAGUUAAACAAACAGAGAUGAGUGAUAUUUCCAAUAUUUCUGGACGAUCAAACAUUGAUGUAUUAAAAUCUACACAAAGUUUGGAUUUUCAAGUACUAGAAAAUCCAAAAAGUAUGCGGAAUGCCACGAAUAACGCCAUGGAAAGAAAAAUAUUAUUUGGUGAUUUCAAAGCUGAUGAUUUGAAUACUCCAAGAAAGCUUAAACAAUAUUGGGAUGUAUCUCAACAAAUUGUAAGCAAACACAAAUAUAAAAUAAAAAUGUUACAUAAUAAGAAUGCUUGGUUAACAAAGAGGAUUCAAAAUUUAUGCCAAACGAUUAAACAUCUGAAAGAAGAGAAGACAAUUUUUGAUAACUGUUUAUGUCCUUAAGGAAUGAUUUUAGAAAUUUUAAGAUAAUCAAAAUGCGAUAAUCAUGGUUUGGGUGAAAUAUUAUUCUUAGGAUGGUACAACGGACUAUAAUAUAAUGGACUAGAAACAACAUGAUGGGCUGGCCUACCAUGGUGGUGGAAAUGCUACAAAUCCUUGAGAAGGUGCUGGAUCAAACUUAUGUGCCGGCAUUGUCCAAAAAAAUAGUAUAAAAUAUGUUGAAGAUUUUAAUUUCAAAAGACUUAUUACCUGUAACUACUGAUAUGAUGAAAAGAUAUGUGUUUUUACUGUUCCUAAUAAUAAUAAAUAUGCUUUCAAGUUGCAGUCUCGCUGAAUAACAAAAGUUAUUCAUAUUUAACCAGCAUAUCAAGCAGGAAGUAGCUGUCCAACAGUUAAUUAAUAAUACUAAUAUCCAGCCCCAAUACACGAUCUCGAAAAGAUUGUGAUAACGCAUUACUAGAGGAUUUAUUGAAUGAUCUUGGUAUUCAUGGAAAAAAUCAACUGGACGAUCGCCAGUUUUAUGAAAAUUGUGAUGUCAUUGAGAAUUCUCAGUGAUAACUACAAAAUCAGUGAGAUUUAUCAAGAUUCCAAAUCUAUACUGUAGUGUUUGUUAGAAAGAAUAUCUAGAAAGAACAACAACUCUCUUCUCAUCAAAUUUAGAUGAUGUUAAAUGAAAAAAAUAAUUGCACGAUUAAGUAAAACUGCAUAUUAGCGCAAGUGGCUACAACUUCACCAAGAUGUUGGAAUAAUGGAUGGGAUGUUUGCAGUUCAUACUCGGAGAAGAUCCUCUAACAGAAAACACAUGAACAUUUUUUAACCCAAAUUGAACGAUGCACUCUUUUGAUAAAAUAAGUUAAAAAUAUUGAAAAAAAGUUUUAAAUAUUAAUUUGCUGGAAUAAACAGAUACAUAUUA